AUGGAGACUUCCCUCUUCAACAAACUCUCCGGCGAACUGCGCAAUCACAUCUACGAGCUCGCCCUGCUCGAAGGCGAUGCCACCUCCCCCUUCCACCCGGAAUCGCAGACCGUCAACCUCGAACAGGGCUGGUUCGACUGCCCGUUCCACCGCUCCAAGAUCAUGGAGCCCGCGCGGACAGGCGGAGGCCACAGGCACGCCCUCGAACCGCUGCGGGUGACGGGGCUCCCGUUGACGUGCAAGAGUAUCCGUAAAGAGAGUCUGAGACUGUGGUUCUCGCUGAACCGGUUUGUGAUUGAGAUGGAAUAUCUGAAGAGCAGGCAUCAGGAGCGGAUCAUGGGGCGAUUGGUGGAGUGGGUGGAGAGGGUGGGGAGGGAGCAGGCGAGGGAGAUCCGGGAUGUUACUGUGUCGCUUGCGGCGCUGAAAGGUGCCGCGAGGGGGGUCGGGGGUGGUGGUGGAGGGGAUGUGGGCAAGUUGGAUUGGGAGCAUAUGAGGGUCAUCAAGGGGUUGUUUCACCCCAAGGCGAUCGUGAGGUUUCGGUUUUUCGUGGAUGGGUUGGGGACUGUGACUUUUCGGUUGGGCAGGAGGGAGGUCUUGAUGGGGGAUUUGGAGAGGAUGGCGCGGGGUUGGGGGGUGAGUUGGCAGCGGUCGAGGAAGUAUUCGGUGGAGGAGAGUAGCAGGACGGCGGAGAGGUAUCGGGUGGAGAUUGCGAGGUUGUUUGAGGAUAUGCCGGAGGAAGUGUAG